CAGCCAGUAGUCUUGCGGAUACAACUGACAUUUACAGUGGACAUGGGGACGGUAGAGAAGCGCCAAAGAUUAGGGAAUAUGUUUAGCUAACUGUAUAAAUUAAGUUUGUAAAACAACAUAUUUAAAGUUAUCGACAAACAUGCACAAAGAAGACUUGUUUUAGUGUUCUUCAGAAGCGGAUAUCUUGGCGAUUUUUUCCCUGAAAGUGAUACGAAGCAGCAGAAUGUCAGUUCCCACCAACUCGCUUCAACAACAGUCCACAGUCAGACGUAGCAAUGCAGGGUCCCCCAGUUUAUCCAACAGCUGCCGUUUGCACCCCAUCCGUGCUACCGUGCCCUACCAGCUCCUACGCGGGGGCCAGAGCAGCCCGACACGCUCUCUGCCUCUCUCGGUUGGAGGCAACAAUGGACCGACAAAUAGCCGCGGGUCAUCUCCCCCAAGUGCGACACUGAAUCUUGGAGUAAAUUGCACUGGCGCCACGAGACAGAGACUAUCUCCUGAAAAUAGGGUAUCGCACUCACCUGACCGGAGUCCAAACUCACCCGUUUGUAGAGGAGAGAGGUCCAAACUGCAGGUGCGUAGCUCCAGUGCUAUCCGGCGGACAUCUUCCCUGGACGCCAUUAUGGGGCCGUACCUCACAGGCCAGUGGCCUCGUGACUCCCACGGACCCUACCCUUCCUGCAUGAAAGACAAAGCCACACAGACACCUGGUCUGUGGAUAGAGGAGGCUGGAGGGGAGCAGGGAAGCCCACACCAGCGGUCAGCCUCCUGGGGUAGUGCAGACCAUCUGAAAGAGCAGAUUGCUAAACUCAGGCUGCAGCUCCAGCGCAGUAAACAGGUCAGCCGGCAGAGCAAAGACCGAGAUCAACAGCUGGGACUACACACUAGCACCACUUGCCAUCCCCAGAAUAAGGUGGUUUCCACAGCCCUGUCGAACAUCCCAGUGCCAAAGUCCCUCAUAUCGAGAGUGCCUAGCAGUGUGGAGGGCAUCAACCACGAGCUGGAGAAUGUGUUCAUCAGAGAGGACUGGAAGCAGGGAAUACAGGCUUUGGACGUGUUGGACGGCCGCCGCGCCCCCUUUCAGCCUCAUCGCUACGGCAAUGGCGGUGACACACGGGACACGGACACCCAGGCCCCCUCUAGUGGCGGUUCCAGCCCCUGGCCCUUCACCCCUGACCCCCCCCACUCCCCAGAAGGCAGCCCCUGCUCUGCAGAAGAGCUUGACAAAGACAGCGGCUGCGGCUCUCCCCUUCCCAAGUUUGCCACCUCUCCCAAACCCAACAACAGCUACAUGUUCAAACGGGAGCCUCCGGAGGGGUGUGAGAGGGUCAAAGUGUUUGAAGAGAUGGUGUCUGGUGUCUCUAGAGGCUUCCCUCUUUUUUCAUGCCCAGAUAAAAACAAGGUGAACUUCAUCCCCAGGGGCUCCGCCUUCUGUCCCGUCAAACUCCUCUGCUCCUCCCACUUCACCACAACCUCACCCAGCCCUGGUCUCCAUGGAAGAAGCAGCACAUGGCCCGAGGACGCCAUGACACCCGCUAGUUCCACUACUCUGGCCUCCACUAACUGGAGCUCGUCUAUAGGCACAGACAUGGUCAGUAGCUCAGACACAGGCGUAGGCACCGACACAAGCACAGAGAACAGCACAGACAGUCUGAGCCCAGACACUAACACAGACACAGGUGAACUGACAAGCACAGCAGUGGUCCCAGGUGGCCUGUCUACAGAUCCCUGCUCCACUACACACAUCCUUCUUACCAGCUAGUUCUCAGGUACAGUCCAGCUUAUGAGCAUUAGCCUGGUCCCAGAUCAGUUUGAGCUGUCUUGCUAACUCCUAUGGUCGCAAUGACCAUAGAAGGUAGCAAAAGUAGCACAACAGCACAACAGAUCUGGAACCAGGCUAGCUGAGUAUGGCUCUUUAACGCAACAUUAGCCAGCAAGGAGGGCCUAUCCUUACUAACCUAGCCUUCUCUUCUGAAAGGUGUGGCAGGCAACAUCCUCCAGAAAGACUUGUUUUCAAUUCAGAGGGUAGAUUCGAUUGUUUCAUGUAUUGUUCUUUAGCAAUCAGCUUUAUCAAAAUCAAUUCAAGCAAUUGAGAAAAAAAUAAGGGAAUUAAGCAAUGGGCAAGAGAAACAUAUUUUAUUGAAUUUUGAAAAUGUUUAUCUAACCAGCUUAUUUAGCUGUUCUGUGUUGCUAGCCAAUAUUACAGCAUGGAUAAGCUUUUUAAUAUAAAAUAAAAUAUCAUGCCUGUUUAUAUUAAAAACCUUAUUGGGAUGUCCUACAGUUACAAUACAAUGCUCCAAUUUUUCAUGAAUGUUUACACUUAUUUCAGGUCUCAAUCCAGUUUAUGUAAACACAUGACGAAAAGCUAAAGAAAGACGAUCUGAAAGUGACCAAACAGCCAGCUACAAAGCACAGUGUCCCCACAUAGCCUUGUUUCAGGUCCCCUGAAUAACCAAUGAACUCAGGUCAUUUGGAAUGUACUACAACUCAUGGAUGAACUUUGCCGGUUGUCUUUUAUGGUUAAUUCAUGACAUUACUCCUAAGACAUUCCAUAGUCUUUAUACAAGUGCUGAUUCUAAUCUUUCAACACGACAUAUUAAAGGAUUGCCAUCAAUAGAAAUGAUAACUUGGUGCACGGGAAAUUUGUAAAGAUAGUUUCAAGUGCUUUAGAGACAUUCCAGAGGUUAUUAUAUUGUAGCUCCACGAUAUCAGCAGUAUUAGCUUUCAGAGCCUGUUCAAACUCCCUAGUGAUGAAAUUGAUAAAUAUGAGCUAUGACAUUUUACCAAUAAAAUUGAUCAAAAUAAGGCCUAGAUUCAAUCGGAUUAAGUGUUAACCAGCGGUGUCUUGCGUUUUGGCAGCGUCAGGUGUUACUGCAUUGGAGCUGUCAAAUCGGUGAACAAACGCACCUGUGAUCAAUUUCACGAAGCCACACCCGUCUCACUCGCGAUAGAAGUUCAGAAAGAGAAAGUGUAGGCUAUAUAGAAAUAAUGAUGCUCAAAUUGAAAAUCACUAAACAAAAUAAUGAGAACUUCUAUCAGCCUAAUCGUUUAGAUUACAUCUCACAUUCCAGUGUUCGAACUUGUAAACAAGGUACAUGGGAUUUCUCUCAAUGCGUCUCCAUGCAGCCAAUGGCAAUGUCCGCUUUAGGUAUAACGCCGGGAGCCGCUUGUGGAUUUGACAGCUCUAAUGCGGGUGUUGACUAAUGCGCAUCUGAUAGAAUAUAGCCCUAAAAAAAAAUGUUUUAUGCAUCAACAACAAAAAAAUUAGCAAAAAAGCAAAGGUGAAAGUUACUUAAAAAAAAAAAACUAAAUAGAUAAGCAAUCAACAAACACUUAUAAUUCUGUCAAUCAGAAUUAACAUUGAGGCUAAUGAGAUAUUUUCAAAGCACUUAAUUCCAGGCGGGAUAAUAUUCACCAUAUAAUAUUUUACACAGUACUAUAUAAAAUGUAAAGCAAAUCAGAUAAUGUUAAGCGUGCAUCUUAGUGAGUAUCUUAGUGUUGAUUUGACGUUCAGUAUGGAGUAAAAUAUUUCAUGAAACUGGAUUUGAUCCUUUAAAAAACGUCGCCUUUAAAUAUAAAUCGAGCUAUAACGUGGACCUCCCCCGAUUACUUCUACGAUACGGAUUGAAUCCAGUCCCUAAGUAUCUUCAGUACAUUACGUUAAAACCCCCUAAUAUAAAAAUAAAACAAUUCAAGGAAAAACAAUCCACUCAAACCUGAUGUAUAUUUUGUCGGUAAAGAUGACCGCUGCUCGAUGACUAGUUUGAAUCAUACUAACAUUUUUUCCGAAGUUCCGCAAGGCUUGCCAUGUUCGGCACUAAUAUUCCAUGCCUGUGUAUUUCAUGUUUUAUAUGUAGACCUUGUGUUUUUACAAUAAAGUAAGCAUUAAAAUCA